AGUAUGUAACAAAUCUCUUGGGUCUCGUUAAAGCUUGUGCGGUACUCAAAACGUGUCUUCAAACCUCAAGACGAGUUAAAUGUCGGCCAUUUUUGGUAUAGCACCAUGGAACGUAAACAAAAAUUUUGUUUGAUGAAUCUGUAGGUUUAGUUCGUUCUUUUUCCCGCGCACACUGGUUCUUAGAGCUUGCUUCGCUCGCUAUAGAUCAAUUUGUCUUUCACCAUUCAUAGCCUUGACAUUCGUCGUUUGUCUAAAAAUAGAAAAUACUAGGUAUUUCCAAUUUAAAAAAAAAUCUAUGGUAUGAAAAUGAAAAUGGCAGCGAAACAGUUCGACUCACACAACAGAAGUGUGAUACAAACUGCGCGAAAAGGGGAUCUUCUGGAAAUCGAACGCUCGUUGUAUUCACACUGGGCUGUUUACAUAGGUAACGAGGAGGUGGUACACUUAGCUGGUAUUGAAAAUGGUAUUAAUAGUAAUAACAUCAAUCCCAGUCACGUCUUCACUAUUUGUGGAAGACAAUUUAACAAGGCAAUGGUCAAACGAGAGCGUGUUUGGGAUGUGCUGAUAGACUCCAAAGUCAAGAUAAACAAUGAGAAAGAUCGAAAAUGCCAACCACUUGAGCCCAAUAAAAUUGUAGAGGAAGCCAUAUUAAAAAUUGGAGAAAUUGGAUACAACUUGCUGUGGGACAAUUGUGAGCAUUUCGCUGCCUACUGCAGAUAUGGUAUCAAAUGGUCUGAACAGGUCAGAAACCUUGGCAUUCUCGUCGGUACCUAUUGGAUGAUGCCAUAUGUCUCUGUGACCGCUUUAUCUACUCUGUUCGUGUGGAAGAGGAUAUUAGCUCGGAAGGAUAAGGAAAAGAUGAAAUCUAGGUUAUAGUUCUAGAAUCCGUUUUACAAAUGUUUAAUAAGGGAGGAUUUAUAACUUAGGAGGCUCCUAAGAUUUGUGACAUGCGCGGAUCUAGAGGAGAUAGAGGGUCCGGUUUGAUCUCCCUUCCUCUCUCCCUUAGAAAUUUCAAAUUUCUUUAAUUUACAUAGUUAAUUUACUAAAACUAUGCAUCGCGAUCGGAUCCCCCUUCGACUAACUUAAAUAUCCUCCCUAGAAAGUUUUUUUCCGGAUCCGCGCAUGUGUCAUAACUAAUUCACAAAAUUUUCUUAGUCUAGACUGAGAUAUUUUAUGCAUCGCUUAUAUCAUAUUGUUAAAAAAACAUGCAAUUGCAAACUAUUAUGACAAUAUAGACUCUCAUCUUAAGGAUGCUAGCUUAAACAGUCAAAAAUUAUACUGGAAAUUAUUGAAAGAUUGUUUCCACACUAAACUAACACACGACAUCCCACCUACAUGUAUAAGGUAUACCAUGGACAAUGAUAAGGAGGGUUAUGCAUUUUCAGACACUGAUAAGAUUGAAUUACUUAACAAUUACUUUACAUCUAUUACUUUCUAAGAUGACAGCAACCAUGACAUUCCAACUAUAGGGGGUGUAGAUUUAAUAACUCUUUUUCAGAUAUAAAAAUACAAGAGCAUGAGAUUACAGAUAUCAUAUCCAUCAUUCCAUUUAAUAACUUAAAGGCAGUUUAAUAGUUAGAUAUAAAAUAGAUAGAUAUAUAGUCAUAAUAGUUAGAUAUCAUAUCUAUCAUUCCAGUUAAUAACUUAAAGGCAGUUGGUCCUUAUUGCAUCAGUCACAAAAUGUUAAAUUAGUGGCCUUAUUUAAUGCCCUUAGUCUUAAUACAAGGGAGGCAACUUCUAUUAAAAUAUUUAAUUAAUGUAAAGCCUCAGAAACAUC